UAUGAAUUUUUCUGUCAGUUUAUUCAAUCAACUUCACGAGUGUUUUCACCAGGAAUCGCAAUAAUCACAAGUGAAAAAUUGAUUAUAUUAUGAAUAAGUAGCUUGAAAUUAUUGUGGAGACUGAAUAUUUUCAUCAAUAAUUAUUCAACUGAAUUGAGUUGAUACCUGGAGUAGAAGCUUGUACAUGGAAAGCAGAAGGAAUAUACCAACCUAACCACCUAUUCCAACUAUUCUGUGAACCGACCACCGACUGAAGAGCAGACAUCGGUCGCACAUCUACGCAGUGGAAUUGCGUAUAAUUAAAUACGCAUUCAUACUAUCGAAGUAUCCUGAGCAAAUUUGUUGGGAGGAUUUCAUUAUAGGUGGUUGUACAAUAGAAGAACCAGUCGUAUCCAUAUCGCAAUAUUUAAUUAUAAUUGUAUCCAGCACACCAGGUGCGAAAAAAUAUGAAUGCGAAAUCUGCAAGAAACAAUCUCGGAGACCUAACAAGUCGUAGUAUUCCUCUUACUGGCGAUAGGCCUUUAGAAGUCACCAUUCGUAACAAAACUUCUCGUUUUAAACAUCAUAACAUCCGACACAGGAAAAUGCACGAUAAAGUAAUACAUUAUGAAUGUGAUUUUUGCAACAUACGAUGCAUAUCGAACCUACAUUUGACUAAUCAUAUCAAAAUUCACACGGAUGAAAAACCAUUCGGGUGCGAUGUAUGCAAGAAACAUUUCUGGACCAGACAGACUUUGAAGAAACACAGUACCUUACACAAUGCCGAUAAAUGCUAUUUUUGCGACAGAAGAUUUCAGUCGAAAAGUCUCCUGGAUAAACACGUCACUUCAACGCACUCCAGCGAAACACCAUUCGAAUGCAACAUUUGUUACAAGGAAUUCCGAUCUAAAAAUCAUUUAAUGCAACACAGCAAGACGCAUGAUAAAGAAAUAUUAUUAGAAUGUACUAUUUGUCAUAAUAUGAGAUGGAGCUCCAAGAGUCAUUUACCUACACAAAAUAUGGAUCACGCUGAUGAGAAGCCAUUCAAGUGCGACAUCUGCACUCAACAAUCUCUGACCAAGAAAGUUCACCGAAUUCUGCAGUCAGUUAAAAAACCAUUCGAAUGCAAUAUUUGUAACAGAAAAUUUUGUAAUGAACACCAUUUCAUCCGUCACAGAGCAACCCACGAUGAAGAUAAAUAUUAUGAAUGUGAUAUGUGUCACACGUGGUGUGUAUCAAAAAAUCAUGUCAAAGCUCAGACGAAUGGAAAACCAUUCAGGUGCGAUCCAUGCAAGGAACUCUUCUGGGCCAAACAGAAUCUGAAGAAUCACAGUAAAUUAGAAACUGGUAUGAAACCUGAAUGCGAUUUUUGCCACAAAAUAUUGCAUUCAAUACCCCUCCUGAGAAGACACAUCACUGUGAUGCACACCAGCGAAACACCAUUCGAAUGCAACAUUUGCUACAAGGAAUUUCGAUCUAAAAAUCAUUUCAUGCAACACAGGAAGGCACAUGAUGAACAAAUAUCAUCCGGAUGCGAUAUAUGUCAUGAUAUGAGAUAUCAAAACAUUGUUCACUCUAAUGAGACACCAUUCAAGUGCAGCAUCUGCAACAAACAAUUUCGAACUAUUCGUAAUUUGAGAGCUCACGAUGAUCUCCACAGAGGUAAAAAAACAUUCGAAUGCAGUAUCUGUAACAAAAAAUUCCCAACAAAAUCCAAUUUGAAUAGACAUAGUAGAUUGCAUAGGGGUGAAAAAUUGAUCGAAUGCAGCGUUUGUACCAAGGAUAAUUUGGCCAAAGUCGAUAUGGAAAAUCCACCUGAGUGUGUAAACUAUUCAAGAACUGCUUCCUUUCGUGAGGAGAUCCAAUUCCCAAGUGAUGAUAGUGACGAAAAAUGCAGUUACAACACAGAAACAGAAUUAGAUAAGUAUAUAAUUGAUGAAGAACCAUGCAAAAUCAAUAUUGAAAAUGAAGAUUCACAAUCUGGCAGAGAACAACAACGCUUAGAAUUUAAACGAGAAGAUAGUGAUGACAGUUGUGUAUCAUUUGUCACACCAUUGAAAGUCGAUAUCGAUGAAAUUAUGCCUGGCACGGAUUAUGAGAUCAAAACUGAAUAGGUACAAUGAAUACAAUGAACCACUGUUAUCACAGAGUGAAGCAGGAAGGCAAUUAUCUUUGUUCUCGGUCGCCUAAACAUUAACCAGGUCCAUAUUUUGAUAAACGUAACUGUAUGGUGGCAAUCUUAGAACAAAACGUCAAAUUUGAAAUCCAGUUGAAUCAUAUUAUACAGGGUGGUCCGUUUUUUAAUACGGAAAAUUCAACAGCGUAUAGUACUCGUUGAAAUAAUAAAAAAACUUUCUGUGAACAUCUACUUUUAAACGCUUCGUUUUUGAGAUAUUGGGUGUCAAAAAUACGCUUCUGAAUAUAUUUUUUCAAUCGAAAGUAAGAAACGGUAGAUAAAUUAACGAAAUUUUCCACAGAUACUAGACUUUUUGAGCUUUAUUAGAUUAAAUAAAAAUUAUUCAUGAAAAAUAUUCAGUGGCGACUGAAUCUGGGGUGGCGAAGGAAAAAAUAUGGUUCAACAAUUAAACUUUUAAAGGAUAAAAUUAGGUGAAUAUCAAUAGGAAACAAAGGAAUCCAAUAGGGGAAUUUCUCAAAUUGCUGUCCGCCAACCUCUAUGCAUUUUCUGCAACGUCUUAUCAUAGAAUUAACUGCACUAGAAAUUUGUAUUGGGUUUGAUUUGAUUUGAUUAAAAGCUUCAUUAAUUCUUUCAACUGAGCAUAGCCUACUUCGUUAAUUGAUAUCAAGUAGUAUUAUUUAACUAAAAAAUGGUAUAAAAUCUUACAAGCGAGCUUUUUUCAUUGAAACUUGAGCAAUAAAUGAAAAAUAAUUACCCGAAAAAUUUGUGUAAUUAUUACCUUCGCCACCCUAGAUUCCGCCGCCACUGAAUAGUUUUUAUGAAUAAUUUUUAUUUGAUCUAAUAAAGCUCAAAAAGUUUAGUAUCUGUGAAAAAUUUCGUUAAUUUAUCUACCGUUUCUGACAUUUGAUUAAAAAAAACAUAUUCAGAAGCGUAUUUUUGACACAAUAUCUCAGAAACGAAGCGUUUAAAAUUAUAUGUUCAUAGUUUUUUAAUUAUUUCAACGAGUACUAUACGCUGUUUAAUUCUCCGAAUUGAAAAACGGACAUUUCACAUUAUCAGAAAGAGGAGCUUUCAACGAACGAAAAACGACCCGAGUUUUUUUGAAAAGCUGAUAUUUUGACGUGAGAAUUUUCGAUUGAAAAUCAGAGUGUUUUUUCGAUAUGAAAUCAAAAUAAGGUGAAAAAAUAAAUAUUUAAAAUCAAAGAAGUCACUGUGUCUUCAGGACAUAAAAAGUGAGUUUUCCGUGUAAAAAAUUUUUUUUGCAUAAGAUUUAAAUAAAAAAAACAAAAACUUGAUUAUUUGAAUUUUGAGUUUAUGUGAAAAAAGUCUGAUAACAAAAGUUGUAGGUCUUUUCAUUACCUACAACUUUGUCAUUCAAUAUUUCUCCAUAGGACUUGUGGUUUUGCCAGAAAUCGAGAUAAACCGUUUUUUACCCUUCAAACUCCCCCCUUCCACUGUUCACCAAAAAUGUAUGCAUUAAGAAACAGUCGAUUUUCCAUAGAGGUCGACGAAAAAAUGUUGAAUCCACCUCGGCGUAAAAUUGUCUCAUUGUCUCGCCUGCUUGCUAGCCUCGGCUGGGCUUGGGCUAUCAAAGUGCAGGCUCGACUAUGAAAGAUUAUAGUUUUACGUUCUUGGUACAUGAAAAACAAUGAUUUAUGACGAUGUCUACAUAUUUAUUCAUCAAUUCGUGACAAUGAUACAUGGCCACAUGGAAUAUAUGCAUAUAUUCAUCAUCAAUUUGGUUAUAUUGAUUCAAAUGGGAUGAUAGCACAACUAACUUUAAUACCUAUCAAUAUCAGAAUUCCUGAUGUUGGAUUGAAAGACAAUGUUUUCAUUUCUGCUUUUUUUUAUUCGUUGUGAAACUGUUGAUUUUGUAGUUUUGCAGGUUUUGUACAAUUUAUCCAUACGUAUAUACUUGAGUGGGUUUAGUUACAUAGGUAGAUACUUAUUGAGUACUAAUCUGAUUCCAAAUAAAGAAAAUGACUAGUUG